AUGCCGCUCUUUGGGAAUAUUAUUGUAAUUAAACGGAAUGGGACUGAUGGAAUUAGUUUUCCACUCACUGCAAGUUCUUGUUUAUUUGGAAGGAGAACAGAAUGUGAUAUUCGCAUCCAGUUGCCUCAGGUCUCGAAAGAACAUUGUAAAAUUGAAGUAAAUGAAAACAAGGAGGCAAUAUUGACUAAUUUAAGUACAGUAAAUCCUACGCAGCUGAAUGGUGCUUGUUUUCAGCAGCCUGUACCUCUGAAGCAUGGAGAUGUGUUAACUAUUAUUGAUCGUUCUUUCAGAUUUGAAUAUCCUCUCCAAUCAACUCCAAGAAAGAGGCGUUCUAGGACUCCAAAAGAUGAAACGCUGCAGGAGGUGUCAAGAGAUGUUGGUAAAAGUCACUCGCAGGAUCAUAAGGAGCUAAGCACACCAGGCAAAUCUAAAGGUACUGAAGUUACAACCACACCCAGUAAGGAGGAUGAUGGAAAUGGAAAUGCAGCAUUUUUACUGAAGCAGUGCUCUAUAGAAUGUUUGGAUUAUACAGAUAAAAGUAAAAUAUACGGCUCUGCAAUAGAAUUAGAUAAACUAGCACAAACAACUAACACAACAAAUGUUCUGUCUACACCAAGGCCCAAAAGGAAGAGUCCUCGGUCUCAUUUCAUAUCACCUACCAAAGAAACUAGUGGAGUGAAUCCUGCAGAUACAGAUGCUCCAACAACUCCAAAACGUGUGUUGUUGAAACGUAAAUCUUUUUCAGAAAUUGCAGCUGAAACUCAAAGGCAAGAUUCAGUGUGCAGAAACGAUAGCCUCAAACAACUGCCUUUGGCAGAAAAUAAAUGCUUAAAACAAAGACGGAAUAGUAAACAACACACACCAGGAAAACCUGUAAAAGAAGUAGUGCUGAAAGAAAUUUGUGAUCAGGCAAACUUUGUUACCUCAACAGAGGGACAUUCUGAAACUCCUGCCUCUUUCUCUAAUUCCAAGAGUCCCAGAAGAAAUAACAGGCAAAGUAAAAAAUUAUUAAACAAAAGUGUCCAUUCAGAGACACUGGCUUCAGAAGAGUUAACGUCAGAACUGGCAUCUCCUGCUAGUCAGAAAUCUGACUCUGGAAGAAAAAGAGGUGCGCCAAGGACGUCUGGACUGCUAACUGAAAAAUCUUUGGAGACAAAUGCUGUUCAAGAACAUCGUGAUAAGACUACGGACAGAAAAGAGAGUGGAACUAAAGAAGAGCUGGCCGCAAAGGGGUAUCAUCAGAAACAAGAUUUGGAAGAUGCCAGUGUUAUGAGACCUCGUAGACUGUCAUCAAAGAGAAGGUCUUCUGGAAGUGCUACUGUACCGAAAGACGAUGAAGCAGUCUCAGAACUGAAUAUUUCUGGCGUGUUGGCUGAAGAAGAAUCAGGCAAGACAAAGAGAGUAUCUCAGAAGAGGAAAAGUGGCGAUUUGUUACCUCAGCCUUUAGGAAAAAAGAAGAGAGUAUCUUUCGGUGGCCAGCUAAGUCCAGAACUUUUUGAUAAAAGUUUGCCUCCCAACUCGCCCCUUAAAAAAGGUGCGACUCCUGCCAGACUGAGCCUGCCGUUUGGAAACUCGCCGCGUGCUGUUCUCAAAAAGGCUCAGGGAUUGAAGCGCUUUGCAGUCCAGGAACUUUCUGAACAUUUGCUGAAAGAAAAAAUGUCACCAAAAAAUUCGCCAUCCCGGAAGUCCCCAGCUGCCUUAUCCCCUGCCUCUGGGAAGGCAACACCUAAAUUGACUUUAGGCUCUCCAGCCCCUUACAUAAAAGGACGUUUCUCUGUUUCUCACAUCACAACACCGUUACCGAUUGCAGAAGAGAAGGAUGCUGUUGCAGAAGAUGUGAAUACCAAUGAGAAAAAUGGUGCCCGAGUGAGAACGCCUAAAUCUUCUCACAUUAACGAAGAUGUUGUAAAAUCUUGGGCAGAAGUGGUAAAAUUAGGUGUCGCAAGACCACAGUCAAAGACCGCUAAAAAAAGUGUCCGAAAAGGAAGAUCCCUAAAGAAGAUAACCCAAUCGCCAAAGCUAAACAUGAACAUGGAUGAAAGCUUCACAGGAGAGAUGAUGGUGUCACCGUUAAGUAGUUCAGAUGCUUCAGAACAGAAACAAGACAGUCCAGGCAUUUGUCACUUGCUGAGAAAGGAGUCUCUAAACUCUGUGUUUGAUGCAAUAGCCACAAAAACUCCUGAAAAAAGAAAAGCUAUACUGGAAGAAGAUAGUAGUAUGGAUCGUUUGUCAAUAAUUCCAGCAAAACAAGCAUGUCGGGUGAAAUCAGGAAGUAAAAGGAGUACUCCAAAGCAGAAGUUGGAGCCAGCUGAGGUCAUGUCAGGCAUCAAGCAGCUUUUAAGGACCCCAGAGCAAAGGUCAGAACCAGCAGAGGCCUUGUCAGGCAUCAAGCAGCUCAUGAAGACUCCAAAGAGGAAGUUGGAGCCUUUAGAGGCUUUGUCGGGCAUCAAGCAGCUCAUGAAGACCCCGAAGCAGAAGCCGGAGCCUGUAGAGGCUUUGUCGGGCAUCAAGCAGCUCAUGAAGACCCCGAAGCAGAAGCCGGAGCCUGUAGAGGCUUUGUCGGGCAUCAAGCAGCUCAUGAAGACCCCGAAGCAGAAGCCGGAGCCUGUAGAGGCUUUGUUGGGCAUCAAGCAGCUCAUGAAGACCCCGAAGCAGAAGCCGGAGCCUGUAGAGGCUUUGUCGGGCAUCAAGCAGCUCAUGAAGACCCCGAAGCAGAAGUUGGAGCCUGUAGAAGAUUUGCUGGGCAUUAAGCAGCUCAUGAGGACGCCACAGCAAAAGCCAGAACCAGUUGAGGUCCUGUCAGGCGUCAAGCAGCUCUUGAGGACCCCACAGCAAGACCGUAUUUUCAAGACACCAAAGGAAAAAGUUGAACCCAUAGAAGAUGUGUUUGGUAUUAGUAGACUAGUGAAGACUCCGAGAGAGAAGUAUCAACCAGUUGACGAUUUUGUGGGUCUGCAAAGGCUUAUGGCAGAACCCAGGCAGAAAUGUUCUGAUUUUGAAGUGGACUAUGUUGGAGUUCCAGAAAUGUUUGAUACACCAGAGGAAAUGAAGCACCCUGAUCAAGAAAAAGUUGAAACUGUUUCACAUGUGGAACCGCACGGACCUACUCAAAGACCAGGAAGAGGUAAAAGGAAAGAAGCAAAGGAGGUAAAGCAUCCAAGUGAGAAUGUUGAGUCUUGUGGCAAAGAUUCUUCAGUGCUAUGCAAAGAACCUGCAAAUAUGAAACAGACUUUGCAGAAGGAUGGCAUCAAUGACAUAUUAGAAACUGCAGAUGAUCCAACCAUAAAGACAGUAAGUGUAUCUAGUAGCAUUCAAAAUGAAAAUUGUCAGCUACAAACAGAUGUAAAAACAUCUGAAAGCAAAUCUAAUGACGGUGGUAUAGAAGAUAGGGAAGAAAUGCUUCUGUCACCUGGGAAGAGGUUUAGAGGAGUAAAAAAAGUAGAAAACACAGAACCACUGAUUCCACCUAAAAGAGGAAGAAGAGCUAGAAAUGACCAAGUUAAGCAAGCUUCUUCAGAGGACAUUCAUGGAACAACAAGGAAGCUUCGCAAAGACCCAGCAGCAAAGAUGAUACAGAGAGAUGAACGAACUUUUGACAAAGAUACUGAGACUGCCACAGCAGAAGUAUCUGAAAAUGGAACUAAACUAGGAAUACAGAUAACGGAGAAAAGAGUUAAGUCUUUAAGAAGCGCUAGAAAGCACUCAACUGAAGUAAAAGCAGACAGUUGUGGGAUGGGACUUGAAAAGAUACGAAACAUUCCAAAAACCGAGGAAACUUCAGCUGAAACUGAUGCUGAAACACACUCAUGUAUCACAAAUGAGAUUAAAGUAUCUCAGGGAGAUGAAACGGAAAAUGCUCAGGAAAAUACCACAGAGGCAUCUCAAAGAUUAAAGGCAGAGUCACCUUCUGGAGAGGCAAAUGAAAACCCGGUCACUGCUCUGAACUUGGAAGCAAACAGAAGUACAGUACAAGAAACAAAUCGAACUAGAAACAGGAGAGGCAAAAAUGGCUCUUUGGAGAAAAAGCAUGAUGAAUUUGCCGAAGAUAUAAACAGCCUAGAACUAAUUACUCCCCAAAAUAAGUCAGAAGCAGAAAUGGAUGAAUCUUCUCUCAAAGAUUCUUUGAGCUCUAUUUGUGUCAAAAAUACAUACCAAGUCACGAAGGACCAGAACGACCCAGCUGGCACAUCAAUACCUGCUGCAAACAGUGACAGUCUUGCUCGUGGCCGUCAAAAGUGGACAAGAAAUGAACAGGGAAUACUUAAACCAAACCAAACUGAAGUCCUGCAAGAGAAUGAAACACAAACAAAUCAAAUUGCAUGUAGAAGAGGCAGAGGUAGAAAAGUUACUUUUGAACCUGAAGAAGCCAGUUCCAAAGCAGUUGGAGGAAAAAGGAGUUUUCCUGGGGAUGACAAAGAUGGUCAACAUGAGACUUCAGAAAAUCCUUCUUUACAAGUAAGGAGGAGCAGACGAAAGCAAGUUGAUUCCGUGCCACAGAUAGCUUGUUCUACCUUUAUGGGAAAACAAACUUUAAUUGCAGAUCACAGUAAAGAUGAGGCUUUUGUAAAGGAGCAAGAUUCGUCUUUGGGAGCUACUCCCUCUUCAACAGAAGACAAUCCACUGAGACGAGGGAAAAGACGAGAGGUUGCUGCAGCAUCACAAACAUCUAGAUCUCUUUCUAUCAGAACAAGACGUGGGUUUCUAGAAGGUGAUGAUAAAAAGAUGGCUGUGAGAGAAGAUCAAAAUCCAGCUUUGGGAAAUGAAACUUUGCAGGCAAAAGCAAAUGCAUCAGCAAGGGACAAAAGGAAAAAGAUUGAUCUAGCAGCAGAGGCAAAAAGUUCAUCUUCUCUCCAGAGAAAAUGUGGCUUGUCAGAAACCGAUGAUAAAGAGGAGAGUACUAAUGAAGAACAAAAUACGCCUUUGGAAACAGCGUCCUGUGCAAAAGAGAAGCCAUUAGGAAGGGGAAGAAAGAAAGAAACUGCUCUGGCAUCACAUACAACUAAUAACAUUUCUCUUAGAGGAAAAAGUGUUUUGCCAGCAGAUAAUGUUGCUCUCCGCUCGGUGCUGUGCACGGUCUCUAACAUGACGGCAGAAAUGUACCAGCAGAUGGAAAAAUGGGGAGAGAGAGAGCUGGAAUUUUAUACAUAA